CAUUCCGGAUCCGAAUCCUGUGAUGCGAACAAAAUGGCUGCUGCCGCGGAAGACGACGAUGCUUGGCUGUACGGGGAAAACGAAAAGGCAGACGCCGAGAAUCGGGAAGAAGGCGGCGACGAUUCGCGCACAGCUGCGGAAGACUCCGUAGUCGUUAUCAUCAAAGACGAAGUGCCGCAGGACGACAAAGAAGCAGGAGAAUUGAGCUGUGAGGAUGAUCAGCAGCGGACAGAUGAGACCUCGGUCGAUGCAGCGGAGGCAGAGCAGGACAAGGAGGCUGCGACAGCGACUGCAGAUGCGGAGAAAAAUGGGGACGGUGAAAUUGGGGACGACGAUGAUGAGGAUGAUGAUGACGACGACGACGAUGUUCAGGUCACGAUCCGAGACAUCAAGUCGGCGCCGUACGCGGCCUACCCCGGCCCCCCGCCGACAGUCAACCUCAACAUCAAGCGGGGCGCCCCGUUUGGGGGCAAUCUGGGGCCCGGGGGGGGCGUGGGGCCCGGGGGCGCCAAGACGAAGGGCCUGGACGUGGACGAGGUGGCCCUCCUCAAUGGGGUGUCCAUCUACGAGUUCAACAUCGAGUCGCUCGAGGACAAACCCUGGAGGAAGCCCGGCGCGGACAUCACCGACUACUUCAACUACGGCUUCAACGAGGACACCUGGAAGAUAUACUGCGACCGGCAGCGGAAGCUGCGGUCGGACAACAACGUGCCCGUCAAGUCUGCCCUGCACCUGGUGGGCAAGGAUCCCCUGCUGAUGCCCAUCCCUCCCGUAAACGAGAACAGCAAGUACACGGGCAUGGCCAGCGUGCCCGUGCUGGGCUCCAAGAAGGCGGGGCCGCCCCCCGGCCGCAAGAUGUCGGGCAGCAUCGACGUCAUCGGGGGCGGGGCCCCCUCCCUGCCCAGCCGGAGACCCGGGGGAGGCAAAGAAGGGGUUAUUCAGGUCAUCGGAUCGGUCGACUCCGGCUCCAUGGGGGGCCUGAGCCUGCCCCCGACACACGUGCCCCCGCCGGGCUACAUGGGGGUGCCGCUGGAUGCCAGCAACAUGUCCAUCCCGCCCCCAAUCCCGGGCAUGAUCCCGGGGGUCCCGCCUCCGGGCUACGACACGGGGUCGUUCCCGCCCCCUCGCUUCACCCACCCCCCUCCCCCGAUCCCGGGGGCUGGGGGCGACCGCUCCUACGACGACCGGUCGUCCUUCUACAACGGGUCGGGCUACGGCCAGCCGUACGGGGACGACGGCGGCGGCGGCUCGUGGCCGCGCGAGCGGGACCGCGAGCGCGAGGGCCGAGAGCGAGAGGGACGGGACCGCGAGGGCCGGGAGCGGGAACGCUCGUCGAGACGCGCCCCGCCCCCGGAUUACGACGAGGAGGACGCGAUGCCGCCGCCCCGGUCGAGCCGACGGUAUCGCGACUACUACCGCGAGCGGGAGGGUAGGGAGGGUAGAGAACGGGAGCCACGAGAGCCGCGGGAACCGCGGGAGCCCCGGGAGCCCCGGGAACUGCGGGAGCGCGGGAGGGACGGGGAGCGCGGGGAACGGGACGAGGAGUACGAAGAGCGGGAGCGCCACGAACGGCGGCACAGGGAGCACCGCGGGGACAAGGAAGAGCGGCACCGGUCGUCGCGCCGGAGGCACCACCGGGACGAGGACGAGGAAGAGGAGAGGCGCUCGUCCAAGCACAAGCACAAGAGGUCCAAGAAAGAGCGCGUGGCGGUUGUGGAGGAGCCGGAGGCGGCCGCAGAAGGGUCGCAGGAUGCGGCGCCCGAGGCCAAGGCGGAAUAAAGGAACGAGAUGGGGACGAGGUUU